UAUUCUUUGACCUUAGAUGACGUUAACAGGACUAAUCCAUUAAUCUGGUGUACGUGACCUUUUCCUGGUCGAUAUUGGCUAAUAAUUAGGUCAAUAUAAAGGGAUUUCUUUGUUGAUGUGUAGCUAAGAGAGUUUUCGGUUGAAUUGUGUCAAUAAUCAACACGCACUCGAACAUAGAGGUAAUCAUGUUUUCCUUGGAGAGUUUUUCGAAUGUUCUCACAAUCAUUUGUUUUUGUAUGGAAGCCUACCACAUUGUUGGACAUUGUGCUGUUUUGUUUAGAGUGCGUUUAUUACCACGGAAAGACUUAGUUCGGAUUAGGUAUUACUUCUUAAUAGAUCUUAUGACAGUUUUUGUAUCAUCAUUUGUGGUUCUCGGAAAGUUACAGUGGCUAGCUGUGAUUCAGAUGUGCCAACAUAUGUAUUAUUUCCUAUUCUGGGAACAGACAGGUCCUGCAAAAAAGAUAAUUAGUUGGAGUUCGAUAGAUUGGACCAAGAGUAAGUUUUAUAAAGAAUGGCAUCUUGACUCUAUCCUUGGAACAGCUUUCGAUGUUGGUGUCCAUAUUCUAAUGGCAUUCCUGCUUGGCCAACGUAUGACAACAGUCCAAGUUAUAAUUGGCCUCGUUGUAGUGCAGUGUUCAUCCUUCACCAUCUUAAAUGGACCGUGGCUAGCAUGGAGUAACCCUUGGGAUACCCCAAAAUGGAUUGAAAAACGGAUCAAACCUCUCCAGACCUAUUACUCUUCAUCACAAGAUUGAUGAAAAUAAUAUUAAUAGUUUAAACAUUUAGUUUCACUGUUUAGAUUAUCAUUUACGGUUAUAAAUUGAUAUAAAAAUACGAUUAAGCUAUGCAAAUAAUAAUGUGCUCAUAUCAGAACAAAAAGAAACCGAGAACAAUUAUUCCACAUUUUGUAAUAGUGUAGAUGGUUUUGCUUGAUGUUGUAUGUCUCUAAAAAUGUGGGAUUCGAUGUCAUAACUUAAUCUUUUAACUAAACAACAAAUAUCUCUUAACUUAAAUGUUAACGAUCACUGUAACAAUAAAUUGCUUGUAGUUUUAUAAAGAAUGUUACAAACGUGUACAUCAAGAAAUUGGGUUUAAAAUAAGACCCAUGCUGACUUAGAAUGCAGUCACAUCUUGCUUUCCUUGGUGUUAUUGAAUUUUAUUUGUUGUAAUAUUUGAAAUAAAUUGUUUGUUAACACUUGUUUGAUCUGAUCAGAAAUGUUAUUUAAAGAUUUUUAUGUAUAUUUUUUGUCAAUCCGGUGAUUAUGGAUACAUAUUGUUAGUUUUUGCGUUUGUUAUGUUUAUUUUUUUUACUAGUUUUUUUUUUAGUUUAUGCUUUAUUAUUAACAAUAAAUACGAGACAUUUUUAAACGUUUUCUUAUUUUUAUAACUCUUUCAGCGGUCCGUUAAUGGACUUGAAAGCGAAACAAAAUUUAAAACUUCAUCCCUUUCUUAGGAAUAUUUUAACCUUAUACAUUUCUUUAGAAUGUUUUAACUAUUCCAUUCUUCAGAAUAUUUUGACCUCAAGCAAUUCUUCAUAAAUGUUUUAGCUUUAUGCAUUUCUUCGGAAUAUUUGAAAUUUAUGACUUUAUUUAGCAAAUUUUAUUUAUCAAUAUUAUUUACAAAACACUACUAUGUUGAAUAUAAGAACUACUGAUAUAUUCUGUCUAACCAUUGCUACGUAUGUGUUUAUGUUGUCUACUUGAUUACGUUUUAGUAAGCAAAAUUUAAUAACAAUCCAGAAUUGUGAGAAUUCAGGUUAAUUAAGCAUUAGCCAUUUCGAUAUUAGUCAAAUAUUUUCAGCUGUGGAUCACCAUUUUAGCACAAAAGUAUUAUUUAUAUAUUAGCUAUUUUAAUAUCCUAUAUACUUGUGAUACAAACGAAGUUAUACAUGUAUUAUUUAUUCCAAAAGCAAUUCAGCUUAUAGGCAUCAAGUACAAUAAAUAUUACAUUAUAUAUAGUAAGCAAAAACUAUUACAACAAGGUAAUUCAUUAAUAGGUAAUUAAUUUGUUAACAUAUUAAUAAGAAAUGAUGGUACCUAUUAAUUAAAAAUGUGAAGGAACAUGUUAAUUAUAAAUGAAGGUACAUCUUAUUUGUGUUCAGAAAAGAAUCUUGUAGUUUUAAUUUUACAUUUCCACUGCUGGAGAAAAUUUCAUUAUGCUGCUGCUUAUCCAUGACACACUUACUUCCCAUGUUCCAAGCAAUGACUUAAUAAUAUAAGAAAGACGUGUUUAAUUGCAAGCCAAUUAUCACGUGUAUGAAUUAUCUUGAUGUCUAGUCAUAUGAGUUUCAAUAUUAUAGAUGGACAUUUUAGUAGAGAUAAUGAUGUAGAAUAUCACAAUCAAUGCAAUUUAUAUGGUAGUAUGGUCACAAAUUUUAUUUUUUAUUAAUUAUUGUUGUUUUAAU